UCUAGAAAACGAAACUGACGAUUCGGAGUUUCCCAUGAAACUCUAGUCGGUGUAUUAAACAACCGGACUCCUGCCGGUAUUUAACGAAUAUGCCGCCGGGGUUGAAUGACAGCACUUCACACAGUUUACAGCCGUUAUUCCCGCACAUCACAUUUCUGACGCUUGACCCUAAAAAACGACUGCCCUUGAACUCAACUUCAGAUGUCUCAUUCUAAACCCCUUCUUAUCCCGUGGCUGCGGAAGCAGAUUGACAGCGGCAGGUAUCCCGGUGUGCUCUGGACAAACCCGGAGCGAACAGAGUUCUCCAACCCAUGGAAACAUGCUUUAAGACAGGACUCCUCCGACACUGACAUUCUCAUCUUUAAAGCCUGGGCCGAGGUGAGUGGCAAUGGCCGUGCUCAUGGAGAGCCCUCAAUCUGGAAAAGGAACUUCCGCAGCGCCCUCCGAGCCAAAGGCUUCAAAGUGGUCUCUGACAACAGGAACGACGCUGCUAACCCCCACAAAGUGUAUCGCUGGCCGGAUGAGUCCGGAGCCACUAACUAUUCUGCCGGAUCCCAGGACCAAGAUGACCCCGAUUUGUUUGAGGGUCAUCAGCAUCCUACACAAGAAAGCCAGGCCAUCCAAUGCUCUGAAGACUGUCUCUUUCUUCCAGAGGACCCUUUUUUUGCAGGAGAAUCCUUUGCCAACCAGGAUAUUCUCCAGGAGUGUCUAAAGGGACUGAACCUCAGCCCUGUCCAAGAGAGCACCGCAGGCUUUGAGCCUCCUCCCGAGCAUCAACGGCUCCAAAACCCAGUUGUGCUGGAUGGACACGCGUUGCCUGGGCAACAGCAGUAUCCAGUCAUAUUUGAGGGUGCAGGCAGUGAAGCUGGGUUGCCUGAGCAACCAGCAAGUCCAAUGGAGGCAGCCGUGGGAGGGGCACAUGAUGAGCAGUUGGUAGAGCAGUUCCGUCAGACCACAAACAGAGAAGGUUUCAAGACUCAAUUCAGGAUAUCAGUGUACUACAGAGGGGUGAUGGUGUCCAGCCAGCUGGUUGAUAAUGAAGUUGGAAUCCGUAUAGUCUACAGGCCCGAACUCAACGGCACGGUUUUGGAUCCCGAGUCAGGCCUGUCCCUGGUCUCGCUGCCAAGUCCUGGGGUCAUGCUGGAUCAAACCCAAGUCCGUCUGACCCAAUGCAUCCUGGACAAGCUGGGCGAUGGUUUGGAUGUUGGGGUGUCAGGCCAUGUGGUCUACGGCCAGCGGCACGAAUCAUCACGAACCAAAGCAUUUUGGAGCUUCUCUAGGCAUGACAGGAGCACACAGCCGCAAGAGAUUUCUAAACUGCAGCCUCAACCGCUGUACCUGUUCAAGGACUUUGUGCGAGGAAUAAUGGACUUCAUUGAGGGGAGAAACUGCCCUCCCUGCUCCCUGUUCUUCUGCCUUGGGGAGAAGUGGCCUGACCCAGCCAACAGGCCUUGGGAGAGGAAGCUCAUCACAGUGGAGGUGGUCCUGACUUCAAUGGAGUUACUGAAGAAAAUGGCGGUCAGCGGCGGCGCCUCCUCCCUGCAGUCUGUGGAGCUGCAGAUGUCCCUCGAAGAGAUGAUGGAGAUGUGCUGACACACUUUGUUUGGCCUUAAAAACGUAUUUGUUUGCCCUUUUUUGCAAUCCUUAACCUUGACAAUAACAUCCCAUAAAUAAUCAUGUAUACACGUUUUAUAAUUUAAUAGGAUCUUUCUUUACAUAAUUUAUAUUACUUGUGUUUCUGAUAAUUAAAACCGUAUUUAUAAGAGUACUGUUUCCUGAUGCAGAUAAACUGAGAUAAAUAAAAAACUGUUUUCACAGCUCUUUCA